GAGAGAGAGAGAGAGAGAGACGGCGGGCGGCAGCGGCAGUAGCACUCCAUCAGGAAAGGGGGCGAGGCGGGCCAGUCAGUCGCUGCUGAGGGCCCAAUCCGAUAUAUACCGCCCGCGCCGUCGUUGCUAGUCGUUGGUCGUGUCGUCAGUCGUUGGUCGCUGCUGCUGCUGCUUCCUUCCUCCUCCUUCUCCUCCUCCUCCUCCUCCUCCGUCUCCGCCUCCUCCUCCUGCUGUUGUUGUUCGCUGUGUCGCUUCACUCACUAUAGUACCACCACCAGCAGGAGCUAGACAGACAACAGACAGACGUCUCCUCCGCCGCCGCCGUCGUCGUCGCCUUCGUUAAGAGCCGUUGUAGGUCGUACCUCUGUGAGAGAGAGAGUGAGAGAGAGAGAGAGAGGCUGCUAGGAGGGUGGUACCAUAAGAGCUCUCUGAUGUUGGCGUGACAGGCUUCCGGACACAUCGAUUCGCCUCCCCCACCCCACCCUCCCUUCCCCCCCUCACCCCUUCUUCCUCCUACUUCCUACCUCCUACCUCCUCCUCCUCUCCCAAAUACGAACCAACCCCAUUAGUACCAGUCCCAGCCCCGCAAACUCACGCACAUUCAGCGACGCACAAACACAUACAUACACACACAAACACACACAUAGACACAAACACACACAUGAAUGCGCAAGAAUACGCUCGGCCACCAGCCGCACGGCGCCUUAUGCCGAACCCGUGCACAUCUUUCUCAGCACUGCCAACAGCCGCCGCAGUAGCUAUUGCGAGUGGAAGGAGAGAAAGAGUGUGAGUGAACCUGAGAGAGAGAGAGAGAGAGAGAGAGAGAGAGAGAGAGAGAGAGAGAGAGAGGAAUAUAGCCAAGGGGGUUGAGAGAGAGAGAGAGAGAGCGCGGAGCGAAUCCUCAAACACUGCCCACCACCUGUCAGAUCAGCUAAGCAGCUAGUACUAUACUACCACUACAACCACUAUUACUACUACUACUACCACUACAACCACCACAAAUAUGCAGCCUCCCGGCUCUUCCUCCGAAGGGGAGCGCAGUCCUCCUCCUCCUCCUCCUCCUCCUCCUUCUUCUUCUCACCUGUGCUUAGCCAAUCCUGCAAAUACCUGCUUCUUUCUGUCUUCUACUGCCGCCGCCGCCGCCGCUUCCCCUAGUACCAGGUGGCUAAUCCUCGAGAUCCUACGCCGACGCUCCCUCCUCCCGACACCCUGGGAGGAAAGGAGGGCCUGAGCUGCUGGGUGCCAGACACGGCAGCAGGCAAGCAGGCAAGCAAGCAAGCAGACACGGCAGCAGGAAAGCAGAGCGGGAAUCCAAAGUAUUCAUCGGAGAGGUUGAUAAAAAAAAAUAAAAAACGAGCUGAAGAAUUAAUUAAAAAAAGGUUUAUUCUCAAAAUUCUAAAUUCCCGGAUUUAAAAAAAAAUUAAAGGAAAAAAAAAAUAUAUAUAUAUAGCAGAAAUUCUUCGUGUAUAUUCGUGUUUGUGCGUGCGUUAGUGCGUGUGUUCUCUUCGAUAUUAUAAUAAUAGGAAUAAAAGAAGAAGGAUAGUAAAAAUAAGGAUCACAAUCACUCAAGACUCUACCUCAGUGCAAUAAUAUUUAAAAAAAUAAAUAAAUAUAUAUAAACGAACCAAAUUUAACAGAAAAGAAAUAUACUCUUUUUUUUCCCCCCUCCUCUUCUCCCCCCCACCCCCGCGAAGUGAUAUGAAAGUGUUCAAAGAAAGAGAAAAGAGAAGAGAGGGAUAAGAAAUAGAGAUAGAGAGAAAGAGAUCAGAUAAAAUAAGAUAAAAAAAAUAAGCCUUAUCUCACACUUAUAGUAAAAAUAAUUACUCGGUAAGUUUAAUAAUAAUAAUAAUAAUAAUAAAAACCACUACCGUUUAGUUGCUAAUAUUGUGAAAUCGUGCUUUUGUGUCUGAUUGUCUCACUCGUAGAGAGAAAAUAAAAGAAAGAUAGACAAAAUACGACAGAGUUCACCGUGUGCUCGCGCGCGCGUAUAUGUGUGUGUUGGAGUGCGGGCCACUUUUCUUCCUCAUCAGCCUUCUUCAAGGGAAUGUACGGCCCACCAACGUCUGCAUACCAGUAGCCCGUCUAGCCCCCAGCCAGCAUCUUCGCUCCCAUCAAGCAUUCCCCCUCCCCUUCCCCCCCAAUCCCUACAUACCCCCCCCAACAAAACUCCCCGGUCACCGGGAGACAAUUUAUGAUUGAGCGAGGUGGUUGGAAUGCGUGCUGAUGGUCCUUGUGGACGGUGGAGCGGUGAGGGAUCAGUUGGUGGUCGCGGCCCGCUCAAAUAUGCUCUGUUGCGGAGGUCGCAAGGUAUGUUGGGAAGAGGGCUCCAAUGGCGUAGGGGCGGAGAUCGCUGCUUCCCCACGGAGGCAGGUGGCCGGCCCCUCGCGCGGCCGGGAGCCUCCGAGUAUGGUUGUGCAGGGAGACUUCAGAAAGGUAAGCGGGAUAAGCACCGAAAUCUUCCGUCAGAUCGAGACCGUGGAGAAUGACCACGACGCCUCAACGGCAGCCGCCCUCGAGGCGGUCGAGCGGCGCGGGGAGAUGGUCGUCCGCCUGCUUGAUCCUCGCACCCUGAGUCGUCAGGCGUACGACCAGGCCAAGCGCUUCCUGGUGGCCCAGAACGUCAAAUUCAGCGUGCAGAUGGUGGAGAUCGUGAAGCGCCCCGGCCAGACUCUGGGCCUCUACAUCCGGGAGGGCAACGGAGCCGACCGCUCGGACGGCGUCUUCAUCUCCCGCAUCGCCCUCGAGUCCCCCGUCUACAACUCGGGCUGCCUGAGGGUCGGGGACGAGAUCCUGGCCGUGAACCUCGUGGACGUGACCCGCAUGGGGCUGGACGACGUGGUCAUCAUCAUGAGCAUCCCCCGUCGCCUCCUGCUGACCACCAGGUCCCGGCGGGGCGGCCGAGGGGCGCCCCCCUCCCCGCAGCCCAGCCGGCACGAGCCGAAGCCCCCGCCCGUGGUGGUGAUCAAAAAGGAGUACGAGGAAGAGCCCCUGGAAGACUCCAACAGCAACGACGACACCCUUCGCCUGGGUGCUAUGGGCGGCGGCCGCCCUCCCCCGCCACCUUCGAGGCCUCCGCCGGGAGUGCCCCCAUCUCAGGAAUCUAGAUUCAGCACACUGCCUCGGUACCGCCCGCCGGAGAACAUGUCUGCCCUCAGGCACGAGGAGCCGCUCAUCUACUACGGCACGAGAGGCAUCCCGGGCAAGGGCCCCUACGGCGUCCCUCAGGUCCCGCCCGGGGCGCCUCCCGGGUUGCAGAUGGGUCCUCACGCCACCCAUCCAGGCUACCAGCCCAGAAGUGCCCGCCAAGCGGGACCCCCGGGGGGACCCAUGCCCCCCUACGGGGCCCCCCCAAGGCCUCCCCAAGGUCCGGACUUGGACCGGUACUACCAGCCCCCGCCCCCCGUCAUCACCGAACAGCCCAGACCCCAACAGCAGCAGCACUUCACGCCCUACGAGCGAUCCUACCCCAAAACGCUCGAGUCCUUAGCCGAACGCGUGCACGCCUUCUACGGACCUCCGCCGGACGAGCUGCUGGCCGGCGCCCACCUCCGGGGGCCGGACGUGACCUCCUACGGGACCCUGGGGCGAGCCAGCGUCGGCCGACCUCGCCUGGCGAGGACCCUCAGCGACCAGCGGCUUCCGGCCACCGAGCGCGAGAGCCUGAGCGACUACGAAGGCAGCGGGCCCUCGGCGCGGCGCCUGAAGGCCGCCACCCUGCAGUACCCUUCGGGUGCCCAGGUCACCGACCGCACAACCCUAGAGCGCUACCAGGAAACCAUGAGACGACUCAGCGCCCUGCGACAGAGGACGCGCUCCGUCGACUACGCCAGCGACACCGAAGUGACGUUACCCAGGUCGUCCCUCCUGGCCAGGGCCCGCGGUGCCCACCACGCCGGGGCCCCGCCGGGCAUGGGGGCGACGCGCUCCAACUCCCUGCCCAGACACUCCUCCAGGCAUCGCGGGGUGAGGUUCGAGUCCCGGGGAGGACCCGCCGCCGCCAGCGAAGACGAGAGCGACGGGGCCGUCAGCGCUCCGGAGAUGCCCACAGGAACCGAGAGAGGUAAGCCACAGCCCUCUCUCUUCACGCACGCUCGAUUGCCGGCCUCCCCGUCCAUCUUCACGUCUGACGAAUACCGGGCAUGGCUCAGUCGGGCGCCCUCCACCAGCGCCAUCUACGAGAGGAUACGCAAGUCACACGAGACCUUACGGUCGCAGCGAGGAGGUCUCCGCUUCACCUUCAGUGCCGAAAACCUCACGGAGAAGACGAGAGAAGAGGCGCCUUACUAUGUACAAAGAUUACAUCUAGGCGGAGGGCCGGGCCCAGGAAGCACAAGACAACUAGGGCGUCUAGAAGGGCAGUCGAGAAGAGUCAGGGCGGCUCUGGAAGAAGCGAGGGGCGUUCCGCACCCUUCCCCCACCAGAGGAAGACCCGCACUCAGGCUCAUUGACAUCAACCCUGCUGAAUUCUUGAAGUACAAAGUUGGCGUAGGCAACAUGGGCGGCGUGACGGAGGGCGUGUCUGGCAUGCUGUGGGUCCACCUGCUAGCUGGGCGUGGUCUGAAGGCCGCUGGGCGGUCGGAGUUCCGAGAUCUGUACUGUGUGUUAGAGUGUGACCGCGUGCACAAGGCGAGGACCGUCGUCAGAACAGGAGACUUGAACUUCGACUGGGACGAGACCUUCGACCUCGACCUGAUCAAUAACAAGGAACUAGACUUUUUGAUAUACUCGUGGGACCCGCAGUUCAGGCAUAAGUUAUGUUACAAGGGCUCCGUACACCUGGUGAGUCUGCUGAAGGAGUCGCCCUUACACCAGCUGGCGCUCAAGAUCGAGCCCAGAGGGACGCUGUACCUCAAGCUGCGCUACACGCCCCCGCGCCAGGCCUUCAUCCGCACGCCCGGCGUGAGAAAAAGCUCCCUCUUCGGCAUCGACCUGGACACCGUGUCGAACAGGGAGAGCGGGGGAGGCACUGUGCCCCUCAUCAUCGCCAGGUGCGUGGCCGAGGUCGAGCGGAGAGGCCUCGACAUUAUAGGGCUCUACAGACUCUGCGGGUCGGCCACUAAGAAGCGGCUCCUGAGGGACGCCUUCGAGAGGAAUCCGCGCCUGGUGGAUCUCUCCUCCGACAACGUGCCUGACAUCAACGUUAUCACAGGUAUCCUGAAGGACUACUUGAGAGAGCUCCCGGAACCGCUGUUCACCAAGUGUCUGUAUCAGAUGCUGGUAGACGCCCUCACGGUCAUGCUCCCUGACGAUCCUGAGGGCAACGCCAAACUCAUGUUCUCGAUCCUGGACUGUUUGCCCAAGGUCAACAGGGUAAGUAAGAUGACCCUCUUCUUGCUAAUGGACCACCUGCGCCUGGUAGCCAGCCAGUCGGAGCGCAACAAGAUGACGACGCAGAACCUUGCCAUAUGCUUCGGUCCCGUCUUGAUGCUACAGAGCGAGGGAGAGGAACCCAUGGACUUCCAUCAGCCGAUCAGUAUCCUCAAGUUCCUGCUUGAUCUUUGGCCGUCAAAGUCAGCUCGGGAAGCGGAAGCAGCGAGUGCUCGGAGUGCGCGGCCAUCACACCUGGACUCGGGGAGACGGAAAGACCACCGGGCCUCCUCCUCCGGCAGCCGCAUGACCACGCCCCGGACCACGCCCCGGACCACGCCCACCAGCCAGUCCCCCGGGUCCGAGAGCGACUCCUCCCCGAAUCCUCCUGUUAACCUGCGGUCGAAGCUCGUCCUGAGCGCCAUCGGCCCGGUCACCGCCACCUCCGCGACGGGGGGCGUAGGGGUAGGGGUAGGGGUAGGAGGGGGGGCGGGCACGGCCAGCGAGCCCUCGGCUCCCGGCUCCACUUCCACCACAUCAACGCCCACCUCUUCCAUCACAUCCCCGCCAUCCACCACCACCGCCGCCCCCCCGACCAGUUCCUUGCCCGUCGGAGGAGGAGGAGGAGGAGGGGGAGGGGCGGAGGCGGUGGCGUCGCCAUCAUCAGCUCUCACUGCCACCACCCGCAGCAGCCUCGACCCUGAAUCAGAGACCGAAGAGGACAAGGAUGACGAGGCUGGCACGGCGUCCAGUUGAGGUUCUCGAGCUCCUAGCCAAACAUUAGAAGAAGAAGAAGAAGAAGAAGGAGAAGCGGCAUCAUCAGCAUCCUUCUGUCGAGACGAUUGAUUCAUUAACAUUAACAAUAAUAAUUAAUAAUAAUAAUAAUAUUAAUCAUGAAUAAGAUAAUAAAAAUAAAAUGAUAUAUCAAUAUAUACUGUAUUAGGCUCUGGAUGUCGUGACUUGCCAAGAUCCGAACUCACCAGAGUUAUGGUCCUGAUAUCUGUAGUAGUGAGGGUGUUUGACGUGACCUACUGGUUCUGUUCUAUCACUGCCCAAAUGUGCGUGAAGGCAAGUUUUGACGGAAAGUUUAACAAAUUAAAAAGAAAUAUAGGUCCUGCUAAAUUGACGAAAACCAAAAAAAGGAAAAAAGAUCCACAAAAACACCGAAGAAGCAUAUAGCCCUGAGGACAUCAGCUGAAGAAGCCCUCACGAUCUCUACCCUUCUUUUGGCCAGGAUGUCAACAGCUCAUCUGCGCCUCCCUCACGUGGGAAUUUGCGGCUCUCUCAAUGGUAUCCCUAGUUACAAGAAGCGACGACCACAGAUUUCUCGCUGCAAUACAGUGUCACAGCUGAGAGAGAGAAAGGGCGAGGGAAGGGUUCCGUUCCCUCCUCUCCUCCUCCUCCUCCUCCUCCUCCACAUCUAGCUAGGGGCACCAUUGACCUCGGGAAUGUGCUGACACGGCAUAUACCCGGCGUCCUCGCAAACUCUUGCCACACUCGGUCACCGGCCAAAUCAGAGCGAGCGCUCAGCGGGACUUAUGCAACUUGUGUUACUAAUCACUGCCACCAACUUUUAAUUAAUGUUUCUCUCUCUAUGGAGUAAUGUUGACUUUGAUCCAUAGAUAACUGCCAAGAGCUUGUAGUCAGUGGGUGUACUUAGAAAGUAUUCAUUAAUCAGAUUGAUGGCUCUCCUGUGUGUGUUUCCACUCAUUGAGGGGGGGAGGGAUUGUUUUGUAGUCUUAUCAGUAGGUCUCUCUCUCUCUCUCUCUCUCUCUUUCUCUCUCUCUCUCUCUCACUUUCUCUCCGCCAGGAGGAGAAGGGUGAGGAGGAGGAGGAGGAGGAGGAGGAGAAGGAGGAGGAGGAUGAUCCCAGUAUCAAGUGAAAUAUCUACUACGAGCCACGCCCCUUUGUCGUUUCCGAAAUAAAGGAUUAGCAAUUAGUUCACUAACACUAGCUGAAAAUAACUAACUCUAUCUGUCUGAUUAAGAAUAGGUUCUCAGUACAUGCCCGUAGUCAGUGGUGUUAAGAUUUUGGUAUGGCAUUACAAACUCCUUGCCAUGUUACUAAUGGCUUCCAUUUCUUCAUGCCUGACUUUAUUCUGUAUAGACUGUGAGGCUAAAGCCAGAUGAUGUGUGGGGUUCCUUUUCGAGAAAUUGUGCUGUCCCAAGAAUCUUGUGUGAUGUCCAGUGGGCAAUGUCUCUCUCUCUCUCGUGGUAGUUGGUGUCAUGACUCGUUCACUCAUUGUUACAGGAUAGAGGAAUAUUUGUUCACUCGUUGUGUCAAAGUACGAAAUCUGCUUAGCUCAUCUUUGGGGUCAACAGUGAAGAAUCUAAUCUCUCAUUCAGGGUAAAUCCAACAACAACAACAACAACAAAAAUGCGCGUCAGAAAAAUCCCUUACGGAUGAGAAUGUCAGUGUGAGCCAUCUCGAACGAUGUGGCACCAGGUUGCCCAGAAGCAUUUGUGUGGUAUUUGGGUUAUUCGUGGCGCAGUGUCCUCUGUGCUUUGUCCGCGGUAGCAGAUCUCUCGUUAGCUUGUGAGUGAUAGUUUCUCCUCAUUUUUUACGAAGUAGAAUAAAUGGAAAAAGAAAAGUAAUCCAAGUCUUCACUCUCGUCAAUGCCACCUUUGCUUGGAACAGCUGGGUGCUUUUAUUUUCCACUCAUUUUUAUAUAUAUACAUAUAUAUGUCAAGAAAUAUGUUCUUCGCUCCAGGUUGAUAUACAGAGCCGAUUCAGAAAACUCGUCUGAUACUGUCUUGCGUAAAUUUACCAAAAUUAAGAUUAGUAGGACAUACAGUGUCCACAAAGUCCCAGUACCAUUACAAAUAUUUAUUGCUUGUAAUGGUACUGGGACUUUAUGGACACCCUGUACAAGGAGAAAGAAACCAACCCUUAGCUUCACAUCAGGAUAUGGUCUUUUCAUAUCAUGCAUAACUCUUCUGGUUUGACAUGGUUCAUUUGUAUACUGAAACAGUAUUUGUUUUGUAAUUUCCUUCGUGCAAUCACUGGACGAGUAAAAGAGUCACUUUUUGAAAUCAUGAAGACUCUCAUGUCGACCUUGCAGGCUGCUUUAUGGAGCCUCUUAAGAGAAUCAGAAAAGUUUUCUGAAUACGCAUUUGUCUAACCUUACUCAUCUCCGACUGCCUUUUUAGACAUCGUCUUUUUUAAUUUCUAGGUUUAUUGUUGAGAGUUUUCUGAAAGGUGCACACGUGGAAGUGAGAGGUGUUUUGUAUUUGUUUUUGAUGAACCAUAAUAUGUCAGGCGAGACAGUUCUGUAGGUGUAUAAACAUUUGUAAAUAAACUCCCCCUUUAGGUACAUCAAUGCAGCGGACGUGUUGUUCAUAAAAUGAAGGUCAUUAGGUAUCACAGAGAGAAUUCCCUUCAUGAUCAGCUGUUAUACUGUGAGACUGGACUUCCCUUGGCAACCAGAGAUCGUAGCUGGUGCAUUUUCCAUCUUCUCCAAACAAUCACACAACAGUACUAUACACAUUUGCGACUGACAUACUCAGAGACAAAUCAUUUGUUUACAAGUCAUGAACAGCACAAUUUCUGUUAUGUUGACCAGACUGUGUUUUUUCAAUAUAUCUGCUCUGGUUUUCAUGAGCUUGAUUCUUCGUGUGUCAAGUGAGUUGAAGCCUCAUGUCGUUUGGCUGGUUUAGAGUUGGCCAUGAUCUUUCCAAGUGGCGACUCUCAAUUUGUACAUUAUAUAGUCCUCAAACAAUUAUAAAAUACAUUUAAAACUGGCUAUACAUGUCCUAAAAUUAAAAGGCAAGGUCAGCCCUCGUCCAGAGUAAGACUUGAAUGAAAACUGCAAGGUCUACUCAUCACGAAAUUGCUGAUAAUAUAAAGAUUUGAAGCGUUAAAUACCGAGCAGUAUCUUGUAUUCUGUUGAAUUCACAUAGCUGUAUUCGUGGUAACCCACACCAGAUGUAUAUUUGAAUCCAUUUAGCUAUAUUUGAGCUCCAAAUCAUCCGGUAUCUUUGGCGCAUUUUUGGAAAAUUCCUCUCAACCAAGGACGCUCUGUUCCUGCGAAUGUUACCAGGAUAUUGAUUGACAUUAGCUUCUUGUGGCUCAACUCAACAGCAUUCCCGUUUUCAACUGUCAUUGAUACUGUACCGAACUCCCAUUUUCUUUCUUUUCUGAAUUGGUUCAUUACUAUUUUCAUGAAUUGAUUGGGUACACAGACAUUCAACAGUAGCUGAAUCUUACCUUUUCGUUCCUUACUCUGUGUUUGCACCCACUGCCUGCAGGUUGGUUGUAUGACCAAGCAGCUGUUCAUCGUUUGCCCAAAGAAGCAAAGGGUCAGGUGUAUACAGCUGUGUUCCUCAGUUUCCCCAUUGUGCUUUCCAUGCCUAGUGAUGAAAAAGGAAAUAAUAAGCAUUCAUAGCAAGAUGUGAACCUUUAGACGAGGAGAGGCAAUUUGUCAUGUUCAAACUUAACCAGUAUUCCACUUUACCUUAUAAAAAGACUCUCGAGUGACUAAAGUAUACUUGUGCGUUUUAUCCAGUGCUUUUGUUUUGAAAGAAAAUGAAUAAAAAAAAAAUGAUGAUCUUGAUCAUUCUUGUUAGCUCAGAAAUUUCCAAAUGCAUGCUGAUAUAUCUAAAGGUCUUCAGGAACUCGGAGAGAGGUUUGUCGUCCCUGUGAGGAUUCGGAGUUGGCAAGGGGGUCUAGCUCACACUUGACUGCCGCAGGAUUGGUUAUGGAGGACUUUUUUAAGUGUUCAUAUAAUGUCAAAACAAGGAGGACAUACUAAUAGUUAUUUUAUUGUUUAAUAAAUGAUCUAUGUGACCA